AUGUGUGCCUCCAAGGGCCAGGCUGGGCAAGAGCCAACCCUGCUUGCAACUCCAACGUCGAUUGACGACCUUUUUCUCGUUGAGUACAAUGACUUAGAGACAAACAAUCGCCAAAGAACAUUCCUAUGGAUGAGUGAAGAUGACAACGUCUUCUUUGGGCGAGCUUCAACGAAUGAUAUGACUCUUGACGACUACGUCCAGGCGCUUGAACCCGUGCCUGAUAAGGACCUAUUUCCUGAACUACCUGUUGACACUGAAAUCACUAUCGCACUUGACUACGACGAAAGCUCAUCCUUCUGCAAGAGACCCGGCCUCUUUCAAUUCGAGCCUGGAUUUGACUUUGGGACGCCAAAGCAGGUCCUCGACGAAACACUCAUCAUGGAAAAGCUUGCCAAGAAUCCCCAUCCAAACAUAACACACUACAAAGGAUGUCGUGUAAAGCGCGGUCGCAUCACAGGAAUUGUUGUCGACAAGAACGAAAUGUCCCUGGAACAAUUCAUAAAGAGUGAGAAACUUAGCGAUCUUAAUGUCAACUCAUUUCUAUCGGACAUCAAUUCUGCGGUAGACCAUCUACACUCCCUCGGAAUGGCGCACAACGACAUCAACCCGGGCAACAUCAUGAUGGGAGAGAAGAAUAAGCCUGUGCUGAUUGACUUUGGGUCUUGCCAACCUUUUGGUAAAUUGCUGCAGACUUUUGGUACGCCGGGAUGGUUUGAGGAAGACUUUUGGACUAGUGAGAAGAAGCAUGAUGAUAUUGCACUCGAGAAACUGAGGCAAUGGUUGAAGAUUGUCAAGCCGGACGACAUGAUAAAGUCAGAGCUAUGA